AUGGCAGGCCUUUCAUUCGAUAACUACCAAAGAAAUCAAUACCUCACAUGCAGUACUAAUACUAAGGCUCAAGCCACGUCUACUGGUACAACAAUCGUGGGCGUAAAGUAUGAUGGCGGAGUUGUGAUUGCAGCAGACACAAGAUCUACUCAAGGACCCAUUGUUGCCAACAAAAACUGUGCCAAACUACACAAGAUGGCGCCAAAGAUUUGGUGUGCUGGUGCAGGUACAGCAGCAGACACAGAAGAAGUUACAAAGCUAAUUGGUUCGAAUUUAGAAUUGCAUUCCUUGUACACCAGCAGGGAACCACGCGUGGUGGCAGCUUUACAGAUGCUUAAACAACAUCUUUUCAAGUACCAAGGUCAUGUAGGUGCAUACCUAAUUGUGGCGGGUGUUGACCCAACCGGUGCGCAUCUGUUUUCCAUUCACGCACAUGGGUCAACUGACGUUGGCUACUACCAAAGUUUGGGAUCUGGGUCCCUUGCAGCGAUGGCGGUAUUAGAGUCGAAGUGGAAACAAGGUUUAACUAGAGAAGAGGCGAUUGAACUUGCAGCGGAUGCAAUUGAAGCAGGUAUCUGGAACGAUCUGGGUUCAGGUUCGAACGUUGACGUGUGUGUAAUGGAAAUUGGAAAGGACGCACAAUACCUAAGAAACUAUAGAACACCCAAUGUUAGGGAGCCUAAGCAACAGAGUUACAAAUUUGCCCGUGGUACUACAGGUAUUUUAAGUGAAAGAGUACUAGACAUAUGUCAAGUCGAAGAGCAGACGGUAGAUAUUGAAUUAGAGGCCUGA